AUGACGAAGACGAAGAACACAGCCUUCACUACCCUUCAAUCGACCUCCUCACCUCCACAGUCCAUAGCAUCGACUCCCUUCCCCUUAAUCGGCUUCCAAGUUCCAACAGCAUCAGAUUUAAUCAAUUGUGAAUUGACCAAUAUGGAUGGGAAUUCUUCACAUGCUUCUGUGAAUCCGCCCACCACCACCACUCCUACUACUAAUACUACAUCAGAUGCCAAUACAACUAGUGUAAGUGCAAAUAAAGAUAUGGCAUGGGAAUGGGGAGUUCAAAAGGAUCCAUUAAAAAAACAAAAUAUUUGUUGCACCUUGUGUGACAAGAGAGUAUGUGGAGGGAUCACAAGGUUAAAAGAACACCUCACUCAUAUAGGAGGAAAUGUAGCUGCUUGCCCUAAGUCGGACCAUGGAAAAAGAAAGCAAACUACAUUGGAUAAGAAUAAUCCGAUUAAAGAGAAGUUGAAGAAGGUAGCUUGGAAAAAGAUUGCGGUUUGGGCUUAUUCGGUAGGCUUACCUUUCAAUGACGUACGUGAUGAGGGUUUCAAAGAUGCGAUCAAUGCCAUUGGAGAAUAUGGAAGAGGUAUGCCGGCUCCAAGUUAUCAUAAUAUGCGGUCGAUUGAUGCAUCGGAGCAUAUACAUAAUGCUGAAUAUAUUGUGAAGAAGGUAAAUGAGGUGGUAGCAGAAGUUGGAGAGGAAAACGUUGUGCAGUUUAUUACAGACAACGGUUCAAACUACAAAGCUGCAGGAAAGAUUUUGGAAGAACAACAUCCAAAAUUAUUUUGGACUCCAUGUGCAGCACACUGUGUGAAUCUCAUUGUACAAGAUAUUAGGAAGAAAGAAGCAACAAUCGCGACCGCUUUGACUAAAGCAAGAGCUAUUGUGGUUUAUAUUUAUAACCAUGGAAGGAUUCUCAAUAUGAUGAGAAAGUUGACAAAGAAUAGAGAGUUGCACAGGUCUUGUGUAACUAGAUUUGCUACCCAGUUUUACACCUUACAGAGUGUUCAUGAGAAUCGACACCAUCUCCAAGUGUUGUUUGUAUCUGAGCAAUGGAGAAAAAGUGACUUUGCAAAGAAAGCUCCUGGAAAGAGAGUUGAGAAGAUAGUAGCAAAGCAAUCUUUUUGGGAUGGUGUAUAUUUAGCUUGCCAAAUAUAUGCUCCAUUGGUGGAUAUUGUAGAAUUUUGUCUAUCAUUCAAACAAGAUGUAACGACCAACUUCUUCAUCCCUUACAUUCAGUCAAAGGAAUAUGAGGCCAAUAAACAGAUUAUGACGGGACUUUAUGUUGCUAUUGACCGUCUUGUUCCCGAUGAAGAUGAAAAUGAUACUUUGAGACAAGAAUUGAAUCUCUACAUUGAUUUAAGUGGACAAUUUGGAUCCCCAGCUGCUAAAAGGAGUAUGACAAAAGUUGCACCGUAUAUAUGGUGGCGUUCUUAUGGGAUAGAUACACCUAUCUUACGAAAGUUUGCUAUCACGGUUCUUAGUCAAACUUGUAAUGCUUCACCUUGUGAACGAAAUUUGAGUACAUUUGACAAUCUACAUUCUAAGAAAAGAAAUUGUCUUUUGCAACAAAAAUUAAAUGAUCUUGUAUUCAUCCAAUACAACACAAGGUUGCAAAAGCGCUUCAUGUCUUUACAAAACAAAUCUUUCGAUCCUAUUUUGCUACGAGAUGUUGAAGAGAAUGAUGACCGGACAAUACCAACGGAAGAUGAGCUGCAAGACUUUGUGGAUGGUGGUGAUGACCUUCUUUGGUCAGAUGUGCAAGAAGCAAUGGGAGCGAAUGUAGACGCUCAACCAAAUAUUAGGAGCAAACGAGAGCGUUAUAGAGACGAUGAUGGUGAUGAUAUUAGAGAUGUGGGGAACGAUCUUGAUGAAGAAGUGAAUGCCUUGGAUGACGUUGACUCGGAAGCCGAACAAGUGCCAUGCGAUUAAACUAUAUUUGACACUUUGACAAUUGACACUACGUAGUUUCUAUAUUACUGUAUUAG